AUGCCACGCUCUCAGCAGCACAACCGCGUCCUCGAGCCGGUCGUGAUCGAGAUCGAGUUGACCCCUCCCUCCUCACCCGAACCGUCAGGUCCAGACUCUGACCUCGAUUCGGAUGAUGGUUUCGAUGAGUUGAUUCUUGAUGGAUCACGUCGCUCUUCCACAGCAGCAACAUCCGCUAAUUCGCAGACGUCAGUCGCAUCUUCAAGCCCUGCUGUGCAGGAGCUCAAGUCGCGGUCUCUUCUUGGUGAGCUUCUUCACGCCUACGCUUGUGCUGAACAUGGCCAUCACAAAGGCAAACCUGCCGAUGGCCCGCGCCACAAGAUCAUUGACUAUAUCCACAAGAACGCGGUGACCGUGGCUGACGUGAAGCUCCUGAUCCCGAAGUAUAACAAUGACUUUGGCUUCAUCAAUAAGCUCGUCAGCGCUCUUGGUUUCCAUUGCGCUGGAGGGCACGUUUCAGAGGGAGAUAAAGAAAUGAUCUUCCUCCACAUCCUCACGCAUGCUGAUGAGCGCUCGUCCCUGUACGAACGGGUCCACGCUCGCAUCAAGCACUGUGAGAACGCGAUGAUGAAGACGCCACACAAGUUUCGGGCGCAAUGUGAGAAGCGCCGGAACGAGCAGCGUGAGCAACAACGUGAGCAACAAGAGCAAGCACAGGAACGUGCGAAGCGCAUGUCGGAAUUCCCCAAGCAUAUGCUGGCACCAGUGUCCAACCCUGACAUCUUCCCCUUCGGCGCCACGUCAAUGGCACAGAUGUAUGUUGAUGUCUACGGCAUGGGCUGGGAUGAGGUACGCCGUCUCGGUAAGCAUACGGAAACUUCAAAGCCGUUCGAGGAGCCGUGGGUGCUAAAGCCGAAUUUUGCCACCACGGUGCCUCUCUUACCCCGUUCCCUAUACAAGAAGAGCCGACCGAAAGUUAAUAUUCCAUCUAAGGAUGCUCUCAAGGGUGCGUAUGCGCUGCAGUGUCUUGCGCCUACUGACUGGGUGAUGCCGAAUGACUGGCAUUACCGUGAUCAUCUCGCAAAGAGGGCUACGGCUAGGGACGGCGGCCAUCUUGAUCGUGGCGAUGGUGAGAAGGUCAGGGUGAAGCUGCCGUCACGAAUCACGGCUCAAGCUUCCAGUAAGUCUGGUGUGCGUGCAGAAGGUGAAGUGGCGAACGUGAAGAUGCCGAUGCCCGACUUCAUGAUUCGGCUGGUCGAGGUAGGUUGA